UGCAAAAAGGUACUGCAUCGCGGCUACAGAAAAGGACACCUUAAAGGGGCCGGCCCGGUUAUGACGCGCGGCUGGCUUAGGGUGGGAGAGCGCGGGGGCUGUUGGGAGAUGCAGCGACUCCUCUUCUCCUGCAGGCGGCCCGCGGCGACCCAGCCCGCUCAGCCCGGCGACUGCAGCGCAGCGAUGGCAGCGGGCAGGUGUGCGCCGAGUUGCAUCCCCCCUGUGCUCCGACGGCUUCGCGGCGACAGAAGCUUACCCUUUGCAUUCAGCACUGCUGCACAUCAGAGGAGCACAGGAGAUGACUGUGGUCCAGAAGAUCCUCGUGAUGAACCUAAACAUAUCAUAGACCAGAACACUUCAGAGCACAGAACAGUUAAACUGGAAAAACAAGUCCAUGACUUAACAGAACGAUACCAGAGAAUGCUGACAGAUUCUGAAAAUGUCAAGCGGAGGACACAGAAGUUUGUAGAAGAUGCUAAACUGUUUGGGAUCCAGAGUUUUUGUAAAGAUUUGGUAGAGGUAGCAGAUAUCCUGGAGAAGACCACUGAGAGUGCUGUAGAAGGAGAGCACAGUGACCCAGAUUCAGCUCUGAAGAAGAUUUGUGAAGCCCUGUCUCUUGCAGAGUCCAAACUACGAAGCAUAUUCACGAAACAUGGCCUACAAAAAAUGAACCCCAUUGGUAGCAGAUAUGACCCCUACGAUCACGAAAUAGUGUGUCAUGUGCCAGCAGAGGGAAAGAAGCCAGGCACUGUGGCAUUGGUGACUCUGGAUGGCUAUAAACUCCAUGGGCGCACUGUCAGACACGCCCAAGUUGGUGUAGCAGUGGAAUCGCAACAAUGAAGUUGGCAUGCCUGUUAGAACUUACGGCUGUAAUGGACUGAAUUUUCUGUCCAUAGGACUAUGCUGCUAUGGCAUCUCUUUAUUAUUUAUUAAGCCGCAUUUGUGUUACGUGCGGGCUUCUCAGGAUAUAUGCAGUUGCCAGACCUUGACCACCAAGAUGUAGUUAUUGAAUGGUUUUUUGUUCUGUAUCAUAAAUACCUUCCAGUUGUAAGUAGCUUAGUGAUCUUUACCGUUUGUUUAUUCGGAACAUUUCUAGGCAGUUUUCCCUUUGAUUGAAUGCCCAGGACAGUUUACAAUAACUAUAUAAUAUAUAGUCACCUAUUAAAAAAUCAAAAUACUUUCAGCUUGAGGUUUCCACUAUGUUCCGCAUUGGAUCGAAAGGGAAAGCGGGUGUCUAGAAUUCCAAUAGGCGAUCGUUAUGCUUAGAAUUACUAUGUUUAAAUGAUUUCUCCUUUCCCUAAAGCUGCUUUAACCUCAGCUUUCCUGCAUGCAAACCGGGAAUAGGAUACCCACCUACCUCACAGAAAUGCUAUGACUUGACAAUUGCAAAAGGUUCUUCGUAGUAUGAUGGGAUUUAUGGUGUCCUACAGAAGACUUCCUCUACAUUUCAAAAAUCGCUUGAGUGACUUGGAGACCUUUCUCACUUUAUGUGGUUGUUCCAACAUGUGAAAUUUUGUAGUGUGAUUAAGUUCAUUUCUUUUAUAAUUAAAAGUCGAAGAACCAGAUUUUGGGGGUGCUGGGGGGGUUCAACAGUCCGAGUGUUUGCUUUAGAACAGAUUUUCCUAGGCCCAAUUCCUGGCAAUCUUCGGGGAAAGGAUUUUAGGUUAUUGUUUUGAAAUGUUAGCAAUUACCUCUCAGAGUAGACUGUGCUGAGCUAGUUGGACCAAUGGUUUUACUUGGUAUACAGAAAAUUCCUGGCUGUCAAUUGAAGGUCCAAGCCCAAAAGUUUUCCUCAGUAAAUAGUUUAAUGCAGUUCAAGUACAAUUUUACUUGGCAGUGUUGGAAGAAAAUGAGGAACCUUGAACUGCAAAUAGAAAAGAAACUCUUGUUUUACUUGAGCCUUGGAGUACUUGAUAUGCAAAUACUAUUACUUUCUCAGUUUAACCAUAAGACGACUGGAGGUUUGAUCAGUUUGUAUCUAAUAGGUAAGCAAAAUGUGUGAUCAUCUCAUUUCAACCUAUAGUGUCUAUAGGCACUUGAAAACCCUGCUGUGUAGCUAUGAAAGAAAUCCUAACUGUUUGAAAGAUGAUUGAAGAGACCUAUCCCAUGCUUUCCUGAAUCUUAAGUAAAAUUACAACUAAGUGACUAUUAGUGGGGAGAAGUUUUUUUUCAAAUGAGUGUCCAUCAGUAGUCUUUAAUUUUGUCUAAACCUGAUGGAGAUUGCAGUCUUUUGCUGAUGGGCAUCUCUGUAGAUAUCUGAAACUACAAAACUGAAAGAUUCAGCCUCACUGGCAUUUCUUUUCAAUCAUUUUACCCUAUUGCAGCCAUGGUGUUUAAAACAGAGGCUGUGGGGAAACAGUGGAGCAUUAUAUCGGUGGUGUUAUUGUUUUGGUUCUCAGGCAUGUGCAUUUGAACUAAAUUCAUACCUGUGGAAUAUCUGUAGUUCCAAAUGGAAAUAACACUUUGGUUCUGAUGGCUUGAACCCCACAGAGAAUUUCCACAGAUGGAAGGGAUUUCCAUCUGCAGAGUGAGUGACUUGCUUCCCAUUGGACCCCAAAUGUCCCCUAAAAUGCUGCUCCUAAGUGAUAGUAACCCCCAACAGAAUAGCAUGAAGGGGGAGUCAGAGGUGUAUAGUAAGAGCAGGGAAGUGAUAAAAAUAAAAUUGUCUUUAUUUCCAUCUGUGGAAAUCUUCCACUGGAUCCAACCCUAUGUGAAUUAUCUUCAUAGCAAUAAAAGUGAUUCUAUCAGAACACUUCUGGCUUCUAAUUAAAUAUAUAUUUGAUUUGGAGUGUUUUCAUGACUUUUUGGUUUAUUGAGUAUGAGGUGUUUUGAUGUCCUUUUUUACCAAGGCACAUGAACGAUGUCUUCCAGAGUUCCUACAUGUAAGAAGAUGGUUAGCCACUUGUGUAUAUGGAAUCUGUUUGUAUUUUUUGUAAGUGCUGUUAUUUGUAACUCAGAAGUUCUUAUUGGGUGGCGGAUUGACAUGGUGCCCAUGUUCUUACAAAUAAAACCUAUCUUUACAUGA